GGGCUCACAGGCGCCCUCUACGGGGCAGAUAGCGCGCCCACAGCUGCUGCUCUCCUGGAACUGCCUGACCACUCAAUCCACGCGUAAUUCCGGAAUCAGGACUCACUCACACAUUCCUCCUCCAAGUGUGGAGCAAGCCGGCAAGGAGCAGCCGUGUCUGCGACAGUGUUCUCUCACACCCCGACAGCACGCCAAGGGACGGAGGACAAAGAGAUGACACUUUAGAUGUAACACUCCAAAAAAGUAUAGGUAGGGUUCAAGUUGCAUUAAACAAAGAAGAGUUGCCAGUUAACCCCGCGGCUCGGGGUUAACGCUACGACGGCGCUGUCGACAUGGAUAAAGUUAUCAAUUGCUUGUUUGCUGCAGUAGCCCUGCUGUUGUCCGCACGAGGGGAAGUUUUUAAAGGUGAUUGUAACUUUGAGAAGCCGCUGGCAGCCUGUGGGUACAGCCAAGGCAGAGACGAUGACCUUGACUGGGAGCAGGCCAAUACUAGAGAGAAGUCUUCAUCAGAUCCAUGGAUGCCCCCAGGUUCAGCCUUCAUGAUGAUGAACACAUCCGGACGCUUUGUAGGGCAGAAGGCCUUACUGCUGACACCACAGCUGAGGGAGAAUGAUACCCACUGCAUUACCUUCCACUACUAUAUAGGAGGCAGAGAGAACAGCCACCCUGGUCAUCUAAAUGUCUACAUCAAAGAAAACAACAGUCCCAUGGGGAUGCCUGUUUGGAAUGUGUCAAGUCCAGCUACACGCUCCUGGGGACAGGUAGAACUGGCCAUCAGCACCUACUGGCCCAACUUCUACCAGAUUGUGUUUGAAGCCGUAACCUCAGGGCAGCGUGGCUUGCUGGCCAUCAAAGAUGUUGUGGUCCAGGGCCACCAGUGCAUGAGCACACCUCACUUCCUGACUAUAAAGGGAGUGGAGGUAAACGCUGGACAGACUGCAUCUUUUCAUUGCACCGUCAAUGGACGCAAAAGGGACAAUUUCCGCCUCUGGCUUCAGGGCAUCGGUGGACGGGAGGCCCCGAUGAAAGCCACUAAACCUUGGAACAACCGGCGCUUCAUAGGCACUUUUGAUGUAGAGAACACAACCAAGGGCGACUCGGGCCGCUACCGCUGCAUCGUCCACUCAGACAAAGGAGUCGGAGUGUCCAAUUAUGGGGAACUAACCAUAAAACAACCUCCGGUGCCAAUUGCACCACCCCAGCUGACUGCUGUUGGUGCCACUUACCUUUGGAUUCAGCUGAACGCCAACUCCAUCAAUGGGGACGGCCCAAUCAUCGACAGGGAGGUGGAAUACCGCACUGUGUCCGGCACCAUGUACGACCUGCAGCCCGUAGACAAGACCACACACAAGAUCGGCCACCUGGAUCCAGACACAGAGUAUGAGAUUAGUGUUCUGCUGACCAGACCUCUGGAGGGAGGCACCGGAGCCCCCGGACCCCCUCUGAGGGCCAGGACUAGAUGUGCUGAGCCCAUGCAUGGCCCACAAAGGCUAGAAGUGGUGGACAUCCAAUCCAAACAGGUGACAGUGCGUUGGGAGCCUUUGGGCUAUAAUGUGACCCGCUGUUACAGCUACAACCUGACCGUCCAGUACCGGUCCAGGAUGGCCGGCAAAGAGGAGACCCGCGAGGAGGUAUGUUAUGACACCCAGAGCCGCGAUCCUCAGCACACCAUCCACAACUUGACACCCUUCACCAACCUCAGUGUCAAGCUGGUCCUACGCAAUCCAGAGGGGGUCAAGGAGAGCACAGAGAUGGAGGUUCAGACUGAUGAGGAUGUGCCAGGAGCUAUUCCUCUGGAGUCCAUUCUGGGCAGUGCCUAUGAGGAGAAGAUCAUCUUGAAGUGGAGAGAACCAGCACAGACCUACGGGAUCAUCACUCAGUUUGAGAUUUCCUACAAGGCUGUGAGCUCUUUUGACCCUGAGCUGGACCUCUCCAACCAGAGUGGGAAGGUAGUCAAGUUGGGCAACGAGACCACCCACAUGUUCACAGGCCUCUACCCAGGCUCUACAUACUCCUUCACCCUGCGUGCCAGCACAGCCAAGGGCUAUGGCCCUCCUAUCAUCACCCAGUUCACCACCAAGAUAUCAGCUCCUUCCAUGCCGGCGUAUGACCAGGAAAUCUCUCUGAACCAAACAGACAGCACAGUCACUGUCCUGCUUAAACCUGCCCAAAGCAGAGGUGCACCUGUGAGUGCAUACCAGGUGGUGGUGGAGGAGGAACGUCCACGCAGAGCACGAGGCACAGCAGAAAUCCUGCGGUGCUACCCAGUUCCCAUUCACUUCCAGAACGCCACACUCCUAAACUCUCAGUACUACUUCACUGCUCAGUUCCCUGCCGGCGGCAUCCACUCACCCCAGCCCUUCACUGUGGGGGACAACAAGACCUACAACGGCUACUGGAACGCCCCUCUGCUGCCUCAAAAAAGCUACAGCAUCUACUACCAAGCUGUCAGCACAGCCAACGGGGAGACCAAACUUGACUGUGUUCGAGUAGCCACCAAAGCCGCCAUACUUGUGACUCAGCUCACAACCCCGUACAUCCGCAUCGCUCCAGCGGCUGGCGACAACCAACUAACAGGAGCAGCCACUCACAAACCUGACGCAGUGGAGCCAGAGAAACAAACGGACCACACCGUGAAGAUCGCUGGGGUCAUCGCUGGCAUCCUCCUCUUUGUUAUCAUCUUCUUAGGUGUGGUACUUCUCAUGAAGAAAAGAAGAACCUAUCACUCCUACACUUACUACCUGAAAUUGGCCAAGAAGCGUAAGGAGACACUGAAUAGCACCCGCCAGGAGAUGACAGUGAUGGUCAACUCGAUGGACAAGAGCUACACGGAGCAGGGUACCAACUGUGACGAGGCAUUGUCCUUCAUGGACACACACAACCACACGCUGAACACCCGCAGCGAGUGUGCGCUCUCACUCAACGGCCGCAGCGAGUGUGCCCUCACACUCAACGGCCGCAGCGAGUGUGCCCUCACACUCAACGGCCGAGCUGGAUCAUCACCCUCUUCCUUCACGCUGCCUAAAGCAAACACUCUCAGUACUUCAAUCCCCACCAACUCCUACUACCCAGAUCCCUUUGUGCCAACUGCUAUCUUAGUGCCCAUUAAUGAUGAGAGCCAGAACAUGGGCAGCGACACCAGCAGCCUGGUGCAGUCGCAUACUCACUCCCUGAGGAAGCGGGAGCCGGUCGAUGUGCCGUACCAGACGGGCCAGCUGCACCCGGCGAUCCGCGUGGCAGACCUCCUCCAGCACAUCACCCAGAUGAAGUGCGCCGAGGGUUACGGCUUCAAGGAGGAGUACGAGAUAAACGAGAGCUUUUUUGAAGGACAGUCUGCGCCAUGGGACUCUGCCAAGAAGGAUGAGAACCGCAUGAAGAACCGAUAUGGGAAUAUUAUUGCAUAUGAUCACUCCCGUGUCAGGCUGCAGGCCCUGGAGGGGGAACAGAGCUCUGAUUACAUUAAUGCAAAUUACGUUGAUGGCUACCACAGGCCAAAUCACUACAUCGCCACACAAGGCCCCAUGCAGGAGACGGUCUUCGACUUCUGGAGGAUGGUCUGGCAGGAGAACACGGCAGCUAUCGUCAUGGUGACCAACCUGGUGGAAGUGGGCAGGGUGAAGUGCUGUAAGUACUGGCCGGAUGACACUGAGAUCUACAGAGACAUCAAGGUUACGCUGAUAGAGACUGAACUUCUGUCAGAGUAUGUCAUCAGGACCUUUGCAGUAGAGAAGAGAGGGGCUCAUGAGAUUCGGGAAAUCCGUCAGUUUCACUUCACGGGCUGGCCGGACCACGGGGUGCCCUAUCACGCCACGGGCCUGCUGGGUUUUAUUAGGAGAGUCAAGUCCAAGACUCUGACCAAUGCUGGGCCCAUGGUGGUUCACUGCAGUGCCGGGGCGGGACGGACAGGCUGCUUCAUCGUCAUAGACAUCAUGUUGGACAUGGCUGAGAGAGAGGGUGUGGUGGACAUUUACAACUGUGUGAGGGAGCUGCGCUCAAGGAGAGUCAACAUGGUCCAGACUGAGGAGCAGUAUGUCUUCAUCCAUGAUGCCAUCUUGGAGGCAUGUCUCUGUGGCGACACCACCAUUCCUGCCAGUCAGCUCCGCUCCGUGUACUACGACAUGAACCGUCUGGACCCGCAGACCAACUCCAGCCCCAUUAAAGAGGAGUUUAGGACUCUGAAUAUGGUGACUCCCACGCUGCGGGUGGAGGACUGCAGCAUCGCCCUGCUGCCAAGGAACCAUGAGAAGAACCGCUGCAUGGAUGUUCUUCCUCCAGACCGCUGCCUCCCCUUCCUGAUCACCAUCGAUGGGGAGAGCUCCAAUUACAUUAACGCUGCACUCAUGGACAGUUACAAGCAGCCAUCUGCAUUCAUAGUGACCCAGCACCCGUUACCAAACACAGUUAAGGACUUCUGGAGAUUGGUGCUGGAUUACCACUGCACAUCCAUAGUAAUGCUCAACGACGUCGACCCAGCCCAGCUGUGCCUACAGUACUGGCCAGAAAACGGAGUCCACCGCCAUGGUCCCAUCCAGGUAGAGUUUGUCUCUGCUGACUUGGAGGAGGACAUCAUCAGCAGAAUAUUUCGGAUCUACAAUGCAGCACGGCCUAAGACAGCUCACCGUAUGAUGAGCAGUUUCCAGUUUUAGCUAUGGCCC